AGACCACUUCUGCUGACCCAAAAUCUAGCUUACCUAGCUUAUACACUAGGCUAUAACGUAUGUGUCCGUGCUUACAAACAACAGUGCCAAAAGACAAUCUAUCGUUUUGCAGUGGGGUCAGAGUUUUUCGGACGAAGUCUAUUCAAUAAGAUGACAGUUGUGACGUUACCCCCGGAGUCCACCCACGAUACGGAAGCGGACAAUUCCACGCAGACAUACGAGCAGAGGGCACCGACCAACUCGAGACUGCAGGAGGGACAAAGCAAGCAAGUCCCAAAUAGCAGAACGCAGUUCAUUGAACAACAGCUAUACAGUGCCAGUGUCGAAGAUAACGUGACUGAAUUGGAGCCAAAAAUUCAUACCAAAAAGUCCCCAUUCAUUCACCAGAGAGAUGUCAAGAGCGAAGCACCGAGAUUAUCAUCAGCUAUCAGCUAUAGUAGAAAUCCCUUCGAUGAAACAUAUGAUGAAUCUAAAAACCCAUUCGCUGAUGAUGAAAUGAAUGAACCGACUAACCCGUUUGCUGAUGAUGAUGAUGGCGACGACGAUUACGACAAAAAUCUAAAUCCUUUUUCAUGAGUGCGAGAGAAGUUUCGUGUUUGGUAAAUACUUGUCUGUGCAGUGACGUAUGUAAAUGAAUUUACGAUAGUAUACAUGUUUUGGUAUAAUAAUAUUAAUCUAAGAUAAGUUAAGAUU